UACACGUCCCCGCAAACCCCCCCAAGUUUUCAACUUAUUUUGCAAGCCGUCUCCCUCCUCCUCCUCCCACGUCUCCGCUUCCAAUCCAAUCGAACUCAAAUCAAUUCCCUCACGAAAUCCCCAAAAAUCCCCAAAUCCUCACGCGGCCACUCGAUUUGAUCAUGGCGGCCAACGAUCGGCUCUACCCUCCGAUCGACCCGUACGCCCUGGAGCCACCGCAGUUCGGCGACGACGCGGCUUGCGGAGGCGGUGGCGGUGGCGGCGAGGUUAGGGUUCGUGACCCGUCGGCGGUGAUGUGGGACGAGGAGCCCGAGGCGUCCCCCUCCUCCCCGGAGGAGCCGGUGACUGAGGGAACCCACACAUUUGAGCAAGGGCCAAAGGUUCAUCUUGCUGAAAAUAACGUGGUAGGCAGUGCUGGUGUUGGUGAUGUCUAUGAAUACAGCAGGGAAAUGACCACCAUGCAGGAGUUAGUAGAAAACACUUACUAUGAUUGUGCUCUUCGUGAUCAAACUGGCAUGUGGGUACCUCCAUCGGUUCCACCGAUGACAAAGCAUGACCACGAGGAGUGGCAAAAGGGCUUUGGUGCUAAUGGUGGGUACUUCGCUGAAGAAGAUUUGUGGGAUAUAGAUGAAGAAAACAAGGAGAUGACAAUGUGGGAUGUGCUUGCUGCGAUGGUUUCUGCGGGAAAAGAUAAAGUAUUGUCUGUUGUAUCAUAUGAUUUCGGAAGGCAAGGCAUGUCUCUGAUUUCACAUUUGCUUCUUGAAGAGGCUUGUAAGGAUAAGGCUGAUACACUUGAAGAUGCUAGUGUUGGUCUCGAACAUGCACUCCUUGAGGCAGAACCAACAGUCUGGCUGCCUGACAGUGCUGCUCCUUCUUGCAUGCUUUGUGGAGCUCGUUUUCAUCCAAUAAUUUGCUCCCGCCAUCAUUGUCGUUUCUGUGGUGGACUAUUCUGUGGUGGUUGCUCAAAGGGUAGAAGCUUGAUGCCUCCAAAAUUCAGCACUUCAGAACCUCAAAGGGUUUGUGAUGUUUGUGGAGUACGUCUUGAGUGUAUUCAGCCUUAUUUGAUGAAUAAGAUCAGCCGUGCUUGUCAGAUUCCAACAAAUGAUUUGACAGACCUGAGCACCUUGAGGUCGUGGUUAAACUUACCAUGGGCACGCACGAUGGAAUAUGAGAUAUACAAGGCUGUAAAUUCUAUAUAUGGAUAUUUUAAGGUUGGAAGUUUGAAACCGGAGAAGUCAAUCCCUGAUUCGAUUCUUAGACAAGCAAAAGGACUUGCUAUAAUUACUGUGGUAAAUGUUGGAAUGAUGGUCACAUACAAAAUUGGUACUGGAUUGGUUGUUGCUCGAAGGGCGGAUGGUUCCUGGUCACCUCCUUCUGCCAUCUCUACUUAUGGUGUUGGAUAUGGAGUUCAGGCUGGAGGUGAGUUAGCCGACUACAUCAUUGUUCUGAGGAAUACUGAUGCCAUCAGAACUUUCAGUGGAAAUGCACACCUGUCAGUUGGGGCUGGCAUUAGUGCUUCUGCUGGUCAUCUUGGGCGAGUGGCAGAGGCUGAUUUCCGUGCUGGUGAUGGUGGUUAUGCAGCCUGUUACACAUACAGUUGCAGCAAAGGGGCAUUUGUGGGCUGUGCACUCAAUGGAAGUGUUGUAUCAACUCGACAUUCGGCGAAUGCCCAAUUUUAUGGUGGUCCAAUAAAGGCAUCAGAAAUCCUUCUUGGUUCAGUGAGCAGGCCAGCUGCUGCCGCUACCCUCUACAGAGCUCUGUCCAAAUUGUUUGAGAAGGUCGAAAAUUACUCCUCUCCUCUAGAUUUCUGACACACAUUGUGUCCCCUGGUGAUUACCCAGUGGUAACUCUAGGUAUUGCUUUGUGCUCUCUGCUUACUCCUGGGUGGGUGAUUUAUCAACUGUACAGUUUGCCAUUCGUUGCCAUCAAAUAGAUCAUCUCUCCAGUGCCACAAACAGAAAAACCACUCUGUAAAUGUUGUAUAUAUAAUUGUUACGUUUGCGUGAAUCAUGAUAAAUGAAAAGAAAAGAAAAGAAUCAUUUGUUCUGAA